UUCAUGGAUUUCGAUUGGAUCCCGCGGCUCUUCACCACCACGGUGACCACCACCACGGCCACCACCAUGGCCCCGGCCACCACCCGCCGCGUGCCGGACGCCACCGCGGCCGUCGGCCACCGCCCGCAGCCCGUGGGGUCAGGGGGCACCGGACGGGCUGGGUCCGGCAGUGCUGACCACAGCGGGGAGUCCACUCGGCCGGCUCCAGACAAUGUCCAGCCAGCUCUGGACACCAUCCAGUCGGCUCCAGACAUUGUCCAGUCAGCACCGGACACCAUCCAGCCGGCUCUGGACAAUGUCCAGCUGGCUCCGGGCAAUGUCCAGCUGGCUCCGGACAAUGUCCAGCUGGCUCCGGACACGGUCCGGCCGUGCGCCUCGCGGCCGUGCCAGCACGGGGGCACCUGCCAGGACGAUGGACGCGGCUUCAGCUGCAGCUGCCCCGCGGGCAGGACCGGGGCCGUGUGCGAGAAAUGUACGGGACAGGUGUCCGAGCGCACCGGGGUGUCCCUGGUGUGA